AUGCUCCUGUACUUGGUCAAAGAGUCACAGGACGCUCUCUGCAGUCUCAUGGCUUACGUGGAGCACCUGGCUCAAGAAGCAGGAUCGAACGAUGACAGCGAAACUCUGGUCAAGAUUCCAAUCUAUGGACGCAGCAUCGAGAUGUUGACAAAUGCAUUUCCUACCGAGGAUGCUGAACGCGGGAUCUUUGACGACAUGAUCGCCUGGCCUCAUUUUGUCGGGGGCGACCUUGUGCGCCUUCUUAGGGAACGCGAUCAGAUGGCGCUCGUCAUUCUGCCCCAUUAUGGUGUGGCUUUGCGCGCGUUCAGUGGGUUUUGGUGGUUGGACAAAGUGGGCGCGCGACUGAUCGGUGCCAUCUCGGGUGUGUUGAGAUCGGAAUUCCUCGCAUGGGUACAGUGGCCACUGAAUACGAUCGCAAUGGAACAGGCGUGA